UUUGAACUUCGGGCCAGUCGCAAAGACAAGACAUCAUUGCUGAAAGUAAACUAGUCUGAAUGGUUAAAAGCUAAAAAUGUUCUUCAGGGUAUUCCGUUCUGCUUCUUGGAUCGCUAAUGGCCAAGGCAAACGAGUUUUAGGCGUUGUCGGUACGGUAAUUGCCGGUGGAACGAUUGCCACAUACUAUCACCGCAACGAUGCACACAUGACAAAAAAGCUAGCAGUGAGCAAAUUCAUGGCCGAACCGAUUACCUCGAAAGAUACCCUGGUGGCUAAUGCUAGCGAUAUGAAAACAAAGAUGGAAUUAUUGAUCAUGAAGAUCCAAGCGGAUUUUUGUCGAUCUCUAGAAAACGAGGAGAACUUCGGCAAGACGUUUAUCGUAGACCGCUGGGAGCGUAGUGAAGGGGGAGGUGGGAUUACUUGCGUUCUUCAGGACGGGGAUAUAUUCGAGAAGGCAGGAGUCAACAUUUCUGUGGUACAUGGAAUUCUUCCAAAAGGUGCGAUUCAGCAAAUGAGAUCCCGUGGGAAGCAGUUGGCGGAUGGAGAACUGCCUUUCUUCGCGGCCGGCGUCAGUGCUGUCAUUCACCCUAGAAAUCCUAUGGUUCCGACAAUCCAUUUCAACUAUCGCUACUUUGAGGUGACAGACUCUGCGGGCAAUAAGCAGUGGUGGUUUGGAGGAGGAACUGAUCUUACGCCUUACUACCUGGACGAGAAAGAUGCUACCCAUUUCCAUCAAACUCUGAAAGAAGCAUGCGACGAGCAUGACGAAAGCUACUACCCCAAGUUCAAGGAAUGGUGUGACAAGUAUUUCUUCAUUCCCCACCGUAACGAGUGCCGUGGUGUUGGAGGCAUUUUUUUCGAUGACCUCGAUACACCCGAUCAGGAAAGUGCAUUUAAUUUCGUUUCCGCCUGUGCCCAUUCCGUGGUGCCUUCGUAUCUACCACUAGUACGGAAGCACAAAAACGAUGCCUACGGAGAUCGCGAACGGCAGUGGCAGCUGUUGCGCCGGGGACGCUACGUUGAAUUCAACCUGAUCUACGAUCGUGGAACGAAGUUUGGCCUGUACACUCCCGGGGCGCGCUACGAAAGUAUCCUGAUGUCGCUUCCGUUGACGGCAAAAUGGGAAUACAUGCACGUACCCACAGCAGACAGCAAGGAAGGUGAAAUUACACAUGUGUUGAAAAAUCCACGAGACUGGCUUCAAACGGCUCAAAAGAAAUGACACAUUUAUUAUCGUUAAAGUUUUCCGCGAAGGUACAAUAAAGACUUACUUCAGAAGAUUCA